UAUUUCUUGAAUUUUUAUUUACUUUUAAAAUUUGAAUUAUUUAUCUUGAGAACUUAUGUAAAUUUAUUAUCUACAAUUUCAUAUAGGGAGGUUGUUAGAAUUAAAGCGCCCACAUUUGUAUUGGACACCAUGUGCUGCACAUUGCCUUGACUUGAUGUUGGAAGAUAUUGGAAAGCUACCAAACAUCAAGAGGACAUUGGAGAGGGCUAUAUCACUAAAUGAGUAUAUUUAUAAUCGCUCAGGGCUACUCAACAUGAUGAGGCGGUUUACUGGACAAAGGGAAUUGCUUAGGCCUGCUAAGACUCGAUUUGCAACUGCUUUCAUCACAUUAUUGCGAUUGCAUGAACAAAAAAACAAUUUGAGGAAGAUGUUUACAAGCUCAGAUUGGUCAGAUAGUAAACGGGCAAAAGAGCAGAAGGGGAAAACUAUAGCCAACAUAGUUCUAAUGCCUUCAUUUUGGAACACUAUUGUGUUUUGCUUAAAGGUUUUGGGUCCCCUAGUUCGUGUGCUUCGUUUGGUUGAUGGUGAAAAAAAAACUCCUAUGGGAUACAUCUAUGAGGCCAUGAAUAGAGCUAAGGAUGCAAUUGUGAGAAGUUUUAAUGGAAAUGAAGAGAAAUACAAAGAAAUCUUCAACAUCAUUGAUAAGAGGUGGGAGAUUCAGCUUCAUCGGCCUUUGCAUGCAGCAAGGUACUUUUUGAACCCGGAAUUCUUAUAUGAUAAGCCAGAAAUAGAGCAUGAUGCCGAGAUUAUGAGUGAUUUGUAUAAAUGCAUCUUAAGGCUAACAAGAGACCCUGCUAAGCAAGAAAAAGUUGUGGCCGAAGUGAGUUUGUUCACAAAUGUCCAAGGACUAUUCGGGAAUGAGUUAACUGUUAGGACAAGAAAGACUAGAGCACCAGCUGAAUGGUGGGCUGCAUAUGAAGCUUCAGCUCCAAAUUUGCAAAAGUUUGCAAUGAAAGUCCUCAACUUAACAUGCAGUGCAUUAGGUUGUGAACGAAAUUGGAGCAUCUUUGAAAAUAUUCAUAGCAAGAGGAGAAAUAGGUUAGAUCAUCAACGCUUGAAUGAUUUGGUGUACAUCAAGUAUAAUCGAGCCUUGAAGAGAAGAUACAAUGAACGUAACACCAUUGACCCAAUUUCCUUGAAAGAUAUAGAUGAUAGCAAUGAAUGGUUGAUAGGGAGAAUGGAAGAUGAGGAUUCUCAUGGAGGUGUACAAGAUGAUUUUGUAUUUGAUGAUGACAAUUUGACAUGGGGUGAUGUUGCUAGAGCUGCUGGAGCUGAGGAGGCCAGGUUUGAUACUAGAGCUAGAGCUAGAGCAAGCUCAAGCAUAAUACCACCAACAAGGGGGAUAGCUUCAAGUUCUAGAACUUUGCCUUCUUAUUCACUAAUAGAUGAAGAUGAAGAUGGAGACAUGGUUGAUUCAGCAGAUGAAGAAGAUGGGGAAGGCUACAAAUGUGGUGAUGAUACAGUUGUAGCAAUGGCGUCGGUUCUGAUCCGGGAUACUGCUCUACCCAAAAAGGGCUCUCAGCUCUAUCUAAAGUCGUUGGUGUCACCAUUAAAAUUGACUUAA